AUGGAUCAGGAAAAACUCUGCUGUUCAGUCUGUCUGGAUCUACUGAAGAAGCCGGUGACUCUUCCCUGUGGACACAACUACUGUAUGAGCUGUAUUAAAGUCCACUGGGAUAAAGAGGAUCCAAAAGGAGCCUACAGCUGUCCUCAGUGCAGAAAAGUCUUUGCACCGAGGCCUGAGCUGGUGAAAAACACUAUGUUAGCAGAGUUAGUAGAGGACUUGAAGACACCUGGAAUCCAACCUGCUUCAGCUGAUCUCUGCUAUGCUGGACCUGAAGAUAUUUCCUGUGAUGUCUGCACAGGAAAGAAGCUGAAAGCAGUAAAGUCCUGUCUGGUAUGUUUGGUUUCUUACUGUGAGCAACACCUCCAGCCUCACUAUGACUCCUCUGCCUUUGACAGUCACAAGCUGGUCAAACCAUCCAACAGGCUGAAAGGGAACAUCUGUUCAACUCACAAUGAGGUAAUGAAGAUGUUCUGCCAUACUGAUCAAAAGUGUAUCUGUUAUGUCUGCUGUGUGAAUGAACACAAUCACCAUAACACGGUUCAAGUUGAAGAAGAAAGGAAACACAGGCAGAAAGAUCUCAAGCUGAUUCUGCAAAAAAUCCAGCAGAGGAUUCAGAGAAGAGUGGAGGAAGCAAAAGUGCUUGAUAAAGAGGCAGAGGGAAUUAAAGUGUCAGCUGAUGAAGCAAUGAAGGACAGUGAAACCAUCAUCAAUCAGCUGGUGAGUUACAUUAAAGAAAAGGGGACAAGUCUAAAGCAGCAGAUACAACUCCAGCAGAAAGAGGAAGAGAGUCGAGUUAUAGAGCUUCAGAAGAAGCUGGAGCAGGAGAUCACUGAGCUGAAGAAGAUGGACGAGGAGCUGAAGCAGCUUUUACACACAGAGGACAACACAGAGUUUCUACUCAGCUACUCCCUGCCUUUCAAACUCAAUGAUUAUACUGACUCACCAAGCUUCAAAAUGUGUCCAGUCAAAUACUUUGAGGAUUUCCAAACAGCACUGUUAGAAGUCAGAGACAAUCUCAAAGCAAUUCUAGCUCAAGAAUGGAGGAAGAUCACUCUGACAGUGAGAUCAGUGGAUGUUUUAUUGCCACAAAGCAAGCCUAAGACCAGAGAUGACUUUUUAAAAUAUUCAUGCCAACUGACGAUGGAUUCGGAUACAGUGCACCCUAAAAUAUUUCUGUCUAAUCAGAAUAGAUCUGUGUCAAACACUGUUCAACAUCCAACUAAUGACUUUUAUUUUCAUAGAAGGGACAGGUUUUCCAACCAGCAGCAGGUCCUGAGUAAGGAGAGUCUGAUUGGACCUUGUUACUGGGAAGUGGAGAUGAAAGGGAGAGGUCUGUCAGUAGCCGUGACGUACAAGAAUAAAAAUAACCUGGAUCAAAGUGAAUUUGGAAGUAAUAAUAGUUCCUGGGCAUUAGAGUGUUAUGGCGACUGCUACAAAUUCAGACACAAUAAAAUCACAACUUCCCUCUCAGGCCCUCUGUCCUCCAAAGUAGGAGUGUACGUGGAUCCCAGAGCAGGUAUUCUUUCCUUCUACAGUGUCUCUGACACCAUGGCCCUCCUCCACAGAGUCCAGACCACAUUCACUGCACCGCUCUAUGCUGGACUGUGGAUUUGGAAGAGUUAUUGGACUGACACCACUGCUACAUUUAAUGAGAUAAAAUAGACCGUCUUCAUUGGUUUGUGAACCCAUCUUGUUCUUGUGUUGUUCUUUUCUUUACUCACUGAUCAAAUGCCAUCAUCUUAAGCCAGGUGUCAUGGAGAAAUAUGAAAUAUGGAUUAAAAUCUCAUAGAUUUCUUUGUGCACAGGAACAGUAGCAUCUAGGCAUGAUGAGUGCCAGUGUUUGCACAUGUAUCAUUAAUCAAAAUGUGAGAUUUGUUUUGUACGGCUUAUACUGUUGCUGUGAGGUUUUCUGUCUCACUGUAUGAAUCAUUCAUGAACUUUCUCAAUCAUUUUCGAUUUCUUUUUUUUUUUUUUUUUUUUACCUUUUUUGCAUUUUAAGAAAAUAACUGUAAUGAUAUGUAUAGUACACCCAUAAUAAUAUAAAAUCAGUUGUACAUUCUUAAAAAAUUAUGUUUAACAAUAAUUAUUGAUUGUUAAAAAUAAACUAGUGAGGGCAGUAGGUUAAACAGGCUGACUAAUUUUAAUAAUAUCUGCAGUAUUUAUUGUGUCAGUCCAGCUGUUACAUGAUGCCAUUAGUUCUGAAUUUGUUCACUGUUAUUGACCCGUUGUCAUGUUUAUAACAUUUAUGAUGACCACAGAUAUGACAUAGUUGUCUAAUAAACACAAAUUUAGUUUUAUUACA